AUGCGGUUCUCCACCAUUCUUGUCUCGGCCUUCGCCGUAUUCGCCGGCGCCGCCCCGACUACCAACGAGCCCCGAGCCAACGUUGACCUUGGACGCUUGAACAAUCUCCAAGGUUUCAAGAACCUCGACCUCAACUACCUCCUUGCCCUCAAUGGGCUCAACCUUCAAGGACUUGGCCAGCUGGGUCAGCUCAACAACCUCAACGUUCUCACGUUUCAGAACCUCUUCGCCGCCCAGAACUUUGACCUCAACUCCCUGCUUCAAUUGCAGCAGCUGUCGACGCUGCUCGCAAUUCAGCAGCAGGGUGUCUUCAACAACGUUAACCUGGGCAACCUCAACCUGGGAGGUCUCAACCUAGGGCUCAUCCAGGGGGUUGGCCAAGUGAACCUCGGCCAGUUCAUCGACCAAGCUCUGCUUCCGCAGAUCACCCAAAUCGUCGAGAAGUCUUCUGGUUCACCAUCGUUGCCAAGGAGUAGGCCUGCUGCCUCUUGA